UUUAUCAUCUCUAGUAAUUCUUUAACUUGUUUACAAUUGAUAAGAAAAGUUAAUUUUAUUUAAUUAUGAGCGGACCUGGUGGAAAUGGCAAUGAUUUCCCGCCAUAUUCACAAAAUAUAAAGCAGUAUCCCUCGCAAACAUCAAGAUACGACACGCAGAUCACUUUUAAUCAGCGUGGAAAUCACACCCCCAAUAGGCCGCAUUUUUAUCAAAACAAUGCACCGCCGCGCCAAAAUUUUGGAUUCUUCGAAGACAGAGCGGGAACCUCGUCAAAUCCACCACACUUUUUUCGGAAUAAUGCGCCGCCACAACAGCAACAACACUACCACCAGCCACAGCAGUACCACCAGCAACAGCCACCACAGCACUAUCACCAGCAACAACGAAAUUUUUUCUCCAGAGGUGGUCGGGGCCGUGGAGGUGGCGGCCGAGGAAGAGGGUCACAUCAACAUCAUAAUCCAAAAGCAGACACCUAUUCCCAAUACUUUCAUACCUCCAUGGUAGAGGAUCCUUGGCUUGAACUAAUGGAACGCCAUAAUGCUAUACAUGGCCAGGAAUAAUAAAAUACAUAUACUUUAAGUUUAACAUGUUUUACAUUAACUCAACAGAUUAUCUUUUUAAUAUACAUAUGAUUGA